UGAAUAUAAUAUUCCUCAAUAUGUUUAUGGGUCGAACGUGAGAAAACGGCAAAGCAGGAAGCCCAUGAGGAUUACUUCUUACUCGUCCGGAACCCAUGUAGGCGAGGCUAUGGCGUGUAGGCUGCACAGUUCACUCUGUGGUCGCUAAUCGCAUUACACGUUAAAUAACUUGCAUCUAAAUUUAUACCCAAGAGCUAGCUGUUGUAGCCAGUCGAGGAGCAAUCAAGUCCUGUCAGAUACAGUGCUCGUAAAGCCAUUUGCUGGACUUCUUGCGAUUUGCGCUGACAUGUAUCGGGCACCCCGCUUCGGGAACUACCGCUCAAGGCAUGUUCGUGCGUUCCUAUGGCUCUGUCCGGCAAUCUUCACAUCCUGCGGUGUGGCCAUCCUGCUGGCAGGUAUCUUCAUGCGGCGCACGCUGUUCGGCUGGCAGCUGAUGGGGCUGGGCAGCGUGAUGGCACUGCUGGGCGCACUGCUGGUGUACAAGAACCUGGUGAGGUCCCGACAGCAGCUGCCUGUCGCCACAUCCCCUCCCCGGCUGCCGCUGCGGUUCGUCGGAGGGCUGGCGUCAGCAAGUGCCGUACAACAACCGUACAGCGGGCACGAGGGCAGCAUGCGCCCGCCGCCAACCAUGUACCGCUUGCUGCUGGCGGGCAGUGACGCCGAUGGCGGUGGUGGUGACUGCAGCGGUGCGGGCUCCACGCCGGCACCGCCGGUUGCGCUGUUGCCUUGGCAGCUGGCCAGCGUGGUCGUGUUUGGCGUGCCGUUGCCGGCGCCACCACCACUACCGGUGGCGGCAGGAAGCCCUGCGGCUGGCGGGGUAGCUUUGGAGAGCGCGGCAGUACCGGUGACGACAGUUGGGAACGGGCAGGGACCCGGGUCGCUGCCUGCCGGGGUGGAAGGGGGGUGCGUGUCGGAGCCGGUGGGGUCGGUGGUGUCGGUAUCGGUGGAGCCGGUGGGGUCGGUGGUGCUGGUGCUGCAGCCGCAUGCGCAGCUGGCGGGGUGGAGGCUGAGCCGGGUGGAGGGGUCGACGACUGGGCAGCAGGCGUGGCGGCGGCGGCAGCGGCGGCGGAGUCGGCGGCAGCAGAGGCAGGUAGAGCCGGUAGGACACUCUAGAGAGCCGCACCCCCAAGGCUCGCAGCAACAGGCGCAUGAGCAGCAGCAGCCGCAGCAGCCGGCAGCGGGCGCCGACCAGUCGUCAGAGGCGGUGGCAGCAGCCGGGCUGCCCCCCGCGGAGGAACCUCGUGCCGCCCCGCCUCACACGUCGGGGUCGCCACCGCAGCACCCGCAGCACCACCCGCACCGGCAGGGGGGCGGCGAGGGGGGCUGCACGCAGGUGGAGAUAGGGCGCCAUGAGGGCCCCCUCCUCGCUGCCUCCACCACACUGGAGUACCAGGAGGCGCCCACGCACACCAGCCCGCCUGCUGCCAGUCCCGGCGUGCUGGACACGUAACUCUAAGCCGUUGCGCGUUUGCCUUGGGUGUCUUGCCUGGACUGCUGCCCGGGCUGCUGUUGCAGCGCUCCUGAACAGGGAAGGGGCGUUGUACAAAGGAUUAUGGGAAGCCUGGCGACAGAUGUGUUUUUUAUUUUGCAGGGUUUGCGUGCUUGGGACUUGCGUAAUGGAUGCGGCAAUCGUAUGCAGUAUAUACUGGUUUGGGGACCGUGCUUAAGUUCGGAGCCACUGUUUAACAUGUUUAUUGCCCCAAAGCUGCUGGUAUCGGUCUGCGGGGAGGUUAACCCUGCCCUUACCCUUCAACUCGUGACAUGUUGCUGGUUUCUGACCUGGUUUUUGGAAUCCAAUUAAUAUUCAAAUUUUCCUUCAUAAUGCUCUAGUAUAUACACGGCUUGUUAGCAUUACAAACUUGAAUCCAUUCUUUAAGAGUGACCUUCGGGACGAGAACUGUGAGAAUUGGUAGCCGAUAUUUGCGACCCGUUACCCGUGUGCGGGGUGUCGUGUUCCAUGUUUCUUGCAUGUCAUGCACGGAUCGCCACUGGACUGUUGGAAUGUGGAUUGCGGGGGGCGCAACGCUGUGCUACUGUGUACCAUGUUUGGGUAUGUUGUUCGGUUGCAAAGCAGGAACGCAACAUUGUGUGACCAUGCGAGG